UUUGCUAAGUCUAGAAAAGUAAAGCAAAGGAUCCAUCCCAUGGGGGUAAGUAACAACAUCACUGCAGUGCUCAACUUCAUAGCCCUUUUGGCUUCAAUACCCAUCAUAGCCACUGGUGUAUGGUUAGCAUCCAAACCAGACAACGAGUGCAUCCACAGCUUCAGAUGGCACGUGCUCAUCCUUGGCCUUCUCAUACUCCUUGUUUCUCUUUCUGGCUUUGUCGGUGCUUAUUGGAACAAACAAGGCCUCUUGGCUUUUUACCUUUGCUCUAUGGCAAUCCUCAUCGCUCUUCUCCUUUUCCUCCUUGUCUUUGCCUUCAUCGUUACUCGACCCAAUGGAAGUUACGUUGUUCCAGGAAGAGGCUACAAGGAGUCCAGGCUUGAUGGCUUCUCUUCCUGGCUCAGGAACCAUGUCACUGCUUCUGGGAGUUGGCACAAGAUAAGGACUUGUUUGGCUGAUUCUAAUGUCUGCAUUAAGCUCACCCAGGAUUACAUCACUGCUGAUCAAUUCUUCAACUCUCAUAUCUCUCCUUUACAGUCAGGGUGUUGUAAACCUCCAACUGCAUGCGGGUACAACUAUGUAAACCCAAUACUAUGGGUAAACCCUGUGAAUCCAAUGGCAGACCCGGAUUGCUACUUGUGGAAUAAUGACCAGAACCAGCUCUGCUACAAGUGCAAUGCAUGCAAGGCAGGUCUACUGGGGAACCUCAGAAAAGAGUGGAGGAAAGCUAAUAUCAUUUUGAUUGUGGCUGUGUUGGUCCUCAUAUGGGUCUAUGUCAUUGCUUGUAGUGCCUUCAAAAAUGCUCAAACAGAAGACCUCUUCCGCCGUUACAAAAGGGGUUGGGUUUGAUCCUGUUUCCUCCAAACACAUUCAAGGACUUUUAAGUCUCUCUCUCUCUUUCUCAUUUCUGUAAGA